GUUAAUUGAAGCGAAUGGAAAGUUGGCAGCCUUUUUUUAUAUUAUUUUUGGGGUGUCAUUUAUCAGCUCUCUUUGUAUUUAUGUCGUCAUUGUCCAAUUUCUCAGAUGGUUUUGACAGUAUUUUGUGAACAACGUCAACGACGACGAAAAAACUUUUGUUUUCCUUUUAUUUUGUGCAAAAGAAUAAAAUAAAAUUUUGUGUUGUAUUUUUAUAAUUGGAAAGCAUCCAUGGACGAAUGUUGCGUGAUUUGAAACGAAAAUAGAAAAUUGCGUAAAAGUAACGGCUGUGACGGUGACGACGACGUCGGGUGCAUGAAAAAUUCUUGAGCUAAAAAUUGAGAUUUGUAGAAUUCGUAAACGGUAACAAUGAUGACGGCAACGCCAACCUAGUCGUCGAAUGAAAGAUAGCAAGAAAACCAAGCAUAACAAAAGAAGAGAAGCCAUUGCUUCAAAAUUCAGGAGUUAAUAUUUCUUUGAAAAAGUGAUAUAUUAGAUUUAUAAAUUUAACAGAACAACGGAGUACUCUGACAAAUAGUGGUGGCUAAAAGUUAUGGCAUUAGCUAGAAAAUUAACAGCAAAAAUAUAUGAGAUAAAAGCUCAUGAUGGUAAUGUUACCAGUCUGGACCUCGGUGAAACUGGUAGUGUUUUAGUAACUGGUGGGCAGGAUCGAAAUGUGAAUUUAUGGGCAAUCGGUCGAGAAGAACUUUUCAUGUCAUUAACCGGACAUAACAGACCCAUUGAUUGUGUACGUUUUGCAUAUAAUGACGAUUUCGUAUAUUCCGCGGACGAUAUUGGUAUUAUUAGACGUUGGGACUUGAACGCACAAACCAUUUGUUCAACUUUAAAUGGACAUAUGAAAAGUGUACGAACUCUAGAUUUUAAUCCUUCCGGUGAAUAUGUGGUAUCGGGCAGUAAUGAUACAACCGUCAGGUUGUGGGAUGUUAGAAAUCAAAAUAGAUGUAUUAAAAUUUAUCGUGGUCAUAUCGCUCAGGUCAAUUCGGUAAAGUUUUCGCCAGAUGGGCUGUGGAUUGCAUCUGCUGGCACAGAAGGAUCCGUAAUCAUCUGGGAUAUACGAAAAAGUAAACAAAUUAUGGAAUUCACUGAGCACCCUCCAGCAGCUGCCAUUACUUGCAUCCAAUUCCAUCCGUUUGAGUUCCUAUUGGCCGUUGGACGCGUUGAUGGUACCAUCUGCAUAUAUGAUUUGGAAAGUCAAUCGCGCAUAUCUCAAACAGAGACAGAAAGUCAGUUUUAUGGCCACCCAAUAAAGUGCAUAACUUUUAGUGAGAAUGGGGAGUGUCUAUUCGUGGGUACAGCAGCAGGUAUUUCUGUGAUCGGUUGGGAACCAGAUCGUGAAUUCGACCACAUAAUAUCAACGUGGACAGCGUUAGGCGAUAUGAAGGUGGUUAAUCGAAAGUUGAUAUGUGGUUCUUAUGAACAAAGUCUUGUUUCAAUCAAUGCACUUAGCAUUGAUCGCGUAUUUCCUUUUUAUAACCCACCCAAUUCAACACCCACCGCUUUCAGUCAUAACUCUACUACACGCAAGAGCUUCUCGCGUGGUAGUCAGAAGUUGAGACUUUCAAUCACUGGUCCAAAAGCGUCGCGACUAGUGGAGGAGAAUGAAGAUAACCGAAGUCCGAGUAUUGACGGUCAUUCAUCCCCAAACUUAAGUCUUGAGUUGGUUGACGAAUCCUUGUUGGACACCACAUCACCACCCCCUAUACCAGCGUCAGCUAUUACGUCAUUAAAUGGCGUUAAUACUAAUAUUGUUAAUAGUAACUCUUUGCAUUUCGACUCUUCAUAUAGAGGAAUGCCACCUCUGACACAUAAGUCUAAUACAUCUCCACCAUAUAAUUUUCCGUCGAUGGCAUCCAGCACUGGGUACAGUUCAUUUAGUGGUAACGGUCAUUGCUCGUUAAAUUUCGAUGGACCCAGUUCAUUAAAAAUGCCUGGAGAACGUGAUAUUUACCUUCACAUGCCACUGGGCAACUCAUUUGCUAAUGACAAUGAAUAUAAUUUAAAUGAAAGUAAUCCGCCCGUAAUAUCAAAUUAUGACCACACAGAGUUGGUUGAAGACUUUCCGGUGAAUCAAAACGUUCAUCAACAGCCGAAUGGUCCAAACUCUGUGAGUUCAACUACCGCGACAAUGGGGCCUACUCAAGCGAUUCCGGCGUUUAAGAGUUCGAAAACGAAAUCUACAACCAGCGCACAAAAGCGUAGCACGCAAAUAGCCAUUUCGACGAGUGGCAAAUCGCACAUAAAUUCAUCCCAUCAGCAUCGUAGCAAGCUGUCGCAGGUGUCGUCGGUGAGCUCAACAGAGCUGCAUAAGUUAGACGACAACAUGCCAUUGAAGAAGUCAUCUUCGUCGCAUUACAUAAACAAGACGAAGCGUGGGAACGAAACGCAAUCUAACCUUAACAAGGAAAACGCCAGGAAUAAGAAUAUAAGUGUACAAAUAUAUGCAAAGCCACCAACACGCUCGCGCACCACACUGGAGCUGCGCUCGCCGCAACGGCAGGCGGCAUCUGCAGCGGCUGCUGCCCAAAGACAAUCUAAUAGAUUUUCAAGUUAUGUUGCAGAUUUCAGCACAAUCCCUAAUAUACCUGUUACCCGUCCAGAUCCCAUGUUGCUGACACAAGGAAACUUGAACCAAAAGAGUUUUGGCAAUCAACAAAAUAUCGACGACAGUUUAGAGAUACAAAUUCUGCUGGCGUCGCAUGAGCAAAUCUUUCAAGAGCUAAGCAACCGAAAUGCGACAUUACAGCUGAUAAGGAAUUCUACCAGAUCUCAUGACGUUAUCGGUGCAUUGAAGCAAGCUAUAAAGACAGGACGAACUGUGUUCGUUGAUCUGUUGGGCGCCAUAAUGGAAAAAACCUCGUCAUGGAACUUAGAUUUGUGUCUUCUGUUGCUGCCGGAAAUCUAUGAACUGCUCCAGAGCCCACACAAGUUUCAUUACACACGUGGCUGUGACACGCUUCGAGUGAUUCUUUCGAAUUUCUUGCCAAUUAUACAAGACAACAUAGAUCCCUGGUCGAAUAGUUUGGGAGUCGAUGUUUCGCGAGAGGAGCGUCACCGUAAAUGCAUCGAAUGUCAGCACUGGCUGCUGCAGAUACGCAGUUUGCCAGAAAGUAACCACUUUGGCAGCACGCUAUCCCAAUUGCAGAACAUGAUUGUCAAUAUUUAAUGGAACAUUUUGGUUUACCGGUUCAAACCCACACGUACAUUCGUUUUGUGUUGUUUAUUUCUCAGUUUACCACAAAGUAACCACUUUGGCAGCACCCAUCACAAACGCUAAAUAUGUUUGUCAAUAUCUAACGGUAUAUUUUCGAAAACCUAUUCAACUACAUAUGUGUAUUCGAUGUCAACCUUUCUAUUUAAUUACUCAGUUUGUGGUGUGUCGUUUAAUUGUUAAUAAUUUAUUGUUAGGUUCGUAAAGAGUUAAAUCACCGCAUAUGUCAUGUAAUAUCUAUGUUUCACACUAGUACUAACAGUAUUUUAAGUUGCACGUGUGUAUGUAUUAUCAAUACUUUGUUGACCCUUUCCUCAUGCCAAUAUAAGAAACUGCAAAUAACACAAAAAAAAAAAAAAACUGUUCGAGAACUCUACACAAUCGCAAAUGCUCUUUUUGUUUUUGUAUAAUAAAAGAUUCUUGCAUAACACUGCAAAUUACCAUAAUAACCGUAAUCCGUAUCCGCAUAUUGUACUAUGUAAAAAGUUCAAACACAUACAUACAUACAUAUAUACACAUUUAUAUAAUUAAUUUAGAGAACGUAAUUUUAUUUACGACAUGCACUGCAGCCGUAAGACAAGGGCUCAGUAACCAUUAUCCGUGAUCAUAAACGUACUUACAUCUACAGAAUAAUAUAUUAAAUAUAUUCCAGUUAUUGAUGCAAACUAAUUUUGCCUGAACGAAAAAAAACACUUGCACAAUACUUUUUUAACAAAAACAAAAACAACAUAAAAUAAAUAAAGCAUAAAACAUUCCCCCAGUUAUUGAAAGAAUAAAAGAACCAUUUUGAACCAUUUCGUUUUUGGAAAGUGCCUUUUAUGAAGAGCAGGAGGUGGAGAAGGAGCCGCACUUGAAGCGAUCGUCGGUAGAUACACUUUUUAAAAGUGCGAGCAAUAGUGCUUUUGAAGGCAAAAGUAAAUUCACAACUCAUGCGAAGAAAAUAUUUAACAAAUAUAUAAAUAUGAAGUUCAUAUUUUUAUACACGAAGGUGGCCGAGGCGAAAUGAUUGGUAUGCAGUUUAUAAUAAUGAAGACUCAUAAAAAUAAUAAAAGCUAAGUCGGAAAUGUUUUACGAUAAAUAUUAAGAAUACAUUGUAAGUUACAAGUUAGACAAGCCGAGUGACGGCUGAAGAAAGGUGAAAGUUACUUCACCUUCUCGCAUUGUGAUUUCAAAUUCAAUUUAAUUUUUGAUGAACAAGUGCUUAAGAUUGUAAAUACAAAUGAACAUGCUUGUGUCUGAUGUACGCAAAUACGAAAAAACAUAAUUAUAUUUAUAUCGUAAGAGUAAUUCAAACUCCUUCCAUUAACAAUUCGACUAAGCGAAUUGAAACGUUAAUUGUGACAAUGAACAGACGUUUUGUACUCUAGUUGUAAUUGUAAAACACUUGUAUCCAUUUAUAAAAUAAGCAUUGAACUUUGAAAUUAUUUUUAUACGAACAGUGAACGUACAUAAUAUAAUGAAUAAAUUAAAAAUCCGCUAGGCUUUGCGCACGUACAUAAUCACAUAUCAACAACUGCAUCACCAGAACAAGCAGCUUUCCACGGAGCGAGCCACAUAUUCGAUUAUCUUUCACCUGAAGCUUAAGUCAUCUCGCUUACUUCGACUCACACAGUUUGCAUACACUUAGAAUAUAUAUAUAUACAUAUAUAGGUUUUUUUUUACUAUUUCACGACAACGGACAAGCAAUAUGCAAGCGAAUGUAGACUUGUUGUUUUUUUAAUAUUAACUAUUGUUUAACAAAGUUUAAACUUUAUUCAUUACGUAAGAAGAUUGUUUGCAUUUUCAAUUCACCAGGCUUAUUAUAUGUACGAUACUCGUAUACACAUACAUAUGUAUGUAUAUGCAUUUUACUACCGAUUUUUUACGCUAAGCGAUAAGCCCCGUAGACAUAUUCGAAGAGCAGACGUAGGAUAUACUACAUAUACAUAUACAUAUAUAUAUAUUAAAAGCGCACUUUUUUGAACGUGAAAUCACCAAUCACCAAUGUCACUUCACAACCUAACAUAUUUACUAUAAAUAAACUAUUUAUACUAAAUUCAUGUAAUUAGUUAUAUUCGAAAUAGUCCACAUAAACCUAGCUUUGUUUUAAGACCAAUAACCGAAUGCUAAUUAUUUUAACUAAUUUUAAAAACUCCCUCAGUUAAUAAUAUACGCGUAAGAAAGUGUUUUAUUGAUUUUUAUUAAUUGUAACUUAUCCAAGCAAGAAAAUGAAAAUAAAAGAAAUCUUUUGUAUA